UGCUACUGUUCCAAGAGAGAGAGACAGAGGGAAGAAGAAAGAGAAACAUAUAACCUUGUAAAACCACCCCUAGAUUUAUACUUUUGCUCACAUUAAACCCCCCCAAAUUUUAUUUGGAGUCAAUUAGACCCUAAGCAUAGGAGUUAACUGCAGUUCUGGUUCAAGUAUUAGACCGGACUCUAUACAAUUUUCACUUUGUAAUAAGGUUGGUUUGUUCUGUUCUGUUUAAAGAUGCUCACUAGAAUAUAGAAGUUUUUUUGGCUUUUGAAGUAGUACUUGAAUUUGAUUUAUUUUAUAUAUGGAUGGUCAGAUUAAUUUUUGGUUAUAAACAAUUCAUCAGCUUCCUAACCUAAUAUUUCUAUAUAAUUUUUAAGUCUUGAUGUCUACGCAACAAAGAAACAAAAAAGGAAAAAUUAUAGAUAAGAGAGGAAGUUAGAAGGCGAAUUACUUUUAUUUUUGUACGUCUUUUAGGUUUUGUUUAAGUUUCCUUUUUUAAAAAGAAAAUCCAAUUUGUUUAGUACUCCUAUUAAUUCUCUCUGAGACUAUAUAUAUAUAUAUAUAUAUAUACAUACUAGGUCAUGUGUUAUAUUUUCUCAGCUUUUGCUUUCAAACCCAAACCUCUCUAUAGUUUCUCUCGUUUGUGAAAGCUUUUUUGUUAAUCAGGAGGAGAGUCUUCAGAAUUCAAGAAGAUAUGGCAGAUUUUAGAACCAUGACUCAAAACUAUACUCACGGUAUAAUCGGAAAGACCGAAUUCAAUAGUCUUCUUUUGCGUGGGCUAAAAGAAAAAUAUCUUCGUGAUCGGAUGAUUGAUGAGAAGAAGACGAAAGAAGAAAACCCUAAUCAUAAUGAUCCAAAGGUUAGUACUGCUGCCGGUCCACGGAUUAGGGUUAAACUAUAUAGUACCAACCCUGAAGAGAAGAUGGAAGUCCAAUCAGAAGUGAAAGAGAAGUUGAGUGACUUAUUGAAGGCCAUCGAGGAGAGACUAAGUUCGUCGGAGAUGAGACUCUACACUUCCUUGUGUAAAGGCUUCCAUUCCCAUAGAUUCGGCUAUGACAAAUUCGUUACGUAUCUUCUACAGUUGAUAGAGCAACACAAGACUCUUUACCAACGCUUCAUGCGACUUGCCUACUGUGAUAAAGGAAAACAAAAAGUUGGAGUUGGAGAGACCCGACACGAUCAAGACUGUCUUGGUGGUGAUCCAAAGAUUGGCCCCCAAGAACGAGGGGUGGAUGAGACCAACUUGGAGAGAAAGAAUAAGAAAAGAAUCUUGUCUCCAAAGGAUUCGAACCUCCCUCUGAAGAAAAGGAAAAGGUCUAAGCCUCAACGACGAGUGACACCUAACUAUAGGCUUAUCCCCGAGGGGCUACGGUCACCGGUCUCAGACCCGGUUCUGAACAACACGUAUGUUGUGAAGAGAUAUGAUUUCGAGGGAGGUAACCGGAGUCGAAGAAGAGAUGAUUAAAUGCGAAGAUGAGAUGUACGAGGCGGAUAUGUUGAUGAGUGCUUUGAGAAGUGCAGUGGACAGUGUGGAGAGAGUUAUGAGGGGAGAGAUGAGAGUGGAAGAUCUUGGAGUGAAGUUUUACAGAUGCCUUGAAGUAUUAUAUGAUGGAGACAUGUUUGAGAUAGUGAGAGAAGAUCACCAAGGAGCUUUACCUGUGAUCUUGAUACGGUUGAAUCAGAAACUGCGUGAGCUCACGGUUGCUCGAGAAAGCUGGAAACGUGGCUGGAAGAAAACUUUUAAAAGACUUUCUCCAACGCAAAAAGAUUCUGAUGCACACAAAUCUCAAGUGAAGUGAAGGAAACAACAAUCUGAUUCAGGGUUCUUUAAUGUAAUUUUGGUUUAAUACUUGUAUGGAAACUAUCUAUAUAGAUCCCAAAAGGUUUUGUAAGUCCAGCAAAAGGCAGAUCUUGAUACAAGCAUGUCAAAGUUUUUAAUCAAAAUCUCUAUUUGGCUGAUCCUCGUUCAUGUACUGAAGUUAAGGAGUUUUUGUGACUUUAACCAUAGAAGACAUGCAUGAAGUAUGAUUUAGUGCAUUGUGUGUAACAUAUGUUAGUUCUAAAGUAGUUGUGAGGUUUUUUUGAUGUGAAAUCACUUUAACAAGCCUGUGGACUAGAAUCAGCAUUGCACAAAAGUAUAAAAGAUAUAUAGUAGGACAUAGGUACCAUGCUUUCUUCAACAUGAAAUAAGCAGAAGAAAACUAAAAAUAAUACCUUAAGCAUGAGACCUUUGGCACUUUCAGAAGCUCCUUUCUCAAGUACUCC